GGUUCAACUUCCAUAUGUCUGGCUAGGUGUGGCUGUGUAGGCUAUUAAUUAAAAAAUCAAGGUUGGAACUAGUUAACUACGGCAUAGUAAAUUUUAAUUUAGCUGCCACAUUGUCCCAAAACGAUCACUCUCCUGGGCCCGCAGAUCUCCAAAAGUCGCGACUUGCAAAUUAAUUACAUACCAUCAAAGAGAAGUCAUUUCAUCAAUUCUCUUUCAUACCGUCCGACAACUUGACCAAUUCACUCCCUUCCUAUACUUGCGUCAUCCUAUUCAAGCCACCAUUCACGUCUAUCAAAUACAAUCUACCUACGUACCCAGCUAUUUCCAGAUUCGAGAUCGCAUCUUCGCAUCAUGAACAAUAUCGAAGAGGACAACAGCCCUUUUGCGGCCGUCACCACCCAUACCUCCAAGAUCCAGAGACAAUACCAAGCUCUAUUAGAUAAAUCAACACCAUUUGUCCUUUACAGAUGGGUUGGCACGGGCGCAUUCCUAGGCGUGUUCUUUCUCCGCGUGCUCCUGGCCAAAGGCUGGUACAUCGUUGCCUAUGCGCUCGGCAUCUAUUUGCUUAACCUAUUCCUCGCCUUCCUACAGCCCAAGUUUGACCCCUCGAAUGAACUAUUAGAUAAUGAGAUGGAAGAUGGAUCAGCCGGUGGUCUGCCGACGAAGCAAGACGAGGAGUUCCGACCCUUUAUUCGAAGACUACCUGAGUUCAAGUUCUGGCACGAGGCAACCCGUGCUAUCACUAUCGCGUUUGUAUGCAGCUGGUUUGAGAUCUUCGACGUCCCAGUCUUUUGGCCCGUUCUGGUCAUGUACUGGAUCAUCCUCUUCGUGCUCACCAUGCGAAAGCAAAUCCAGCACAUGAUCAAGUACCGCUACGUUCCCUUCACUUUCGGCAAGGCGCGAUACGGCAAGGCCAGUGCCUCGUGAAGAUGAGUCCUUCUCUAGAUCCCUUGGCCAUACGGGGACAAAGGGGCAAAUGUACCUUUCAAGGCAACACUCAGAAAGGGGAAUACGGAAUACGGAUAUAGUCUUAACGAAACGAGUAGCCCACCAUAGUUAGGUACGAUACAUUAUAAUGAUAUAAGGUCUCCACAAGAAGUCGAGCAUUAGUUCUCUGGGUUCAACUGUAUAGAAUUACAGGCAUUUUGUAUGAAUUAUUAGGAAGAUGACGGUCUGUAUGGAGUAAUGUUGUUGUUAGCUUCGGAAUGAAUGCUGGCGUAUCCGGGAUGAGGAACGAAGACAGCAUGGAUGGAGGCAGACAGGGGCGCAGGUUUGAAUCUUCCAGGAUCAUUAACAAAUAGAUAUAAUGCCUAAGAGCAGAAUAAUUAAUCAGCUUAAAAGGUCUUUGUAGAUGUUGGCUAAUGCAUACCUAGUACCGUGUAGGUAGG